AUCUACUCCACCUAGGACGACUUCCUCUCCCACCACAUCAGCAAAGGAGACAACGACCAAAUCUCCUCCCACCUCCACUGCGACUACCGCUAGUUCUGAUGACGAACUACGUCGGGUCAUUGACCACAUUUUCUCUGGGACCCUCCAGCUUUUCUGUGUCCGAAAUAUCUACGAUUACAUACGAAGGCGGUGCAACUCCCACCAAGGCCUCAGGUCUUAGCUCUAAGAAGCAAAGUUUAUCCGCCGGUGCCAUCUUCGGUAUCAUAAUGGCUGUUCUUAUUGGAAUUGCAGCCGCCUUCUUUCUCAAUGCCUGCAUC